AUGUCGUGCUACCUACCCACUGUACUCUACGUCGAAGCGAGGAGUUGCCAGGUGUCGGAUUACGCCAUCACCGACUCCAACCAUGCCAUCCUACUCACUCAACAAACAUCCAACUCGCUGGACGCAUUUGAAAUCUUCUCUCUUGCCACAACUCGCCUCUCAACAACUCAAUCACCAAACAUGCCACCCCGCUACUCCUCCAUCGCCGUAAUCGGCACCGGCCCCAGCGGCCUCUCGACACUCAAAGCCCUAAACGACGAAAACGCCUUCUCCCGAGUCCGCGUCUUCGAGCGCCGCGACCGCGUCGGCGGCCUCUGGCACUACGAUCCCAUCCCCGACGUCUUUCCCGCCCCGGGCGCGCCGCAUAUCCGCAAUGCCAUCCCGGAGACACUGCCUGCGUUUACAGACCCGGUGGCAGAAGACACGACUGCGCGCACGGGAGUUAACGACCUGCUCGAUAGCAACGUCGGCUCGGGGACGAUGAGCUUCACGCAUACGCCGUUCCCGGAGGUGAACAGCGCGGUGUCUGUCAGACAGCUGGGGAAGAAGAAUCCGAGUCGGCCGUUCCGGGUUGUGAGUGGGUAUUUGGAGGAUCUGGCGCGGCCAUAUUUGGAUAUGAUUUCGUUUAAUACGGCGGUGGAGCGGGUUGAGAAGGUUGGACUGAAGUGGAGGGUCACGGUGCGGCAGUCUGGGCACUUCCAGCGUAAUCAGGCUGCUGAGUACUGGUGGCAUGAGGACUUUGAUGCCGUGGUCGUGGCAUCAGGACACUACAAUGUGCCGCUGAUUCCGGAGAUCGAGGGGCUACGUCAGGCGUUUCAGGCGUUUCCGGGGACCUUCGAGCACUCGAAGAGCUUCCGGUCUGCGAACGACUACGUCGAUAAGAGGGUGGUUGUUGUCGGCGGAAACAUCUCGAGCGCGGAUCUCAUAGCGGACCUUCACGCCGUCGUCAAGGGGGGUCUGUAUCUCAGCCAGCGGGGACGCAACGAAGCCCUCGCCAACGUCUUCACCCUGCCCGGCGUUGAGCUCAAGCCGACAAUCACCCGCGUUGAAGCUGGCAAGGCCGGCGUCAACGUCAUCUUCGCCGAUGGCACGACGCUCCAAGCCGUCGACAAGCUCCUCUUCGCAACGGGCUACCGCCUCGCCUACCCCUUCCUGGUCCCGGACCCCGUCACCCCCAGUAACCGGGUAGCCGGGUUCUACCAGCACGUCUUCAAGAUCGGCGACCCCUCCCUCGCAAUGGUCGGGCAGGUGCGCGCGGCGCUGAGCUUCCGGGUGUACGAGUACCAGGCCGUCGCGGUGGCGCGGUAUUUCGCGGGCACUAAUGCAGUCCCUCUGCCUAGCCCUGCUCAGCAAGACCAGUGGGAGGUCGAGAGGCUGGGGUAUAAGGGGCCCACUGCGCUGUUCCAUGAGAUCAAGCCGGAUUUCAAGGAGUACUUUGACUGGCUUGGGGCUUUUGCGGGCCCGCCGGCGGAGCGGACGACGGGGUAUGAGUUGCCGGUGUUUGGGGAUGAUUGGCCGGAGCUGGGGUUUGCGGUUCUGCAGCUGAAGGAUAAGUACUGGCAGAGUCUUAAGGCUGCUGCGAGGGAGAAGGAGGAGGGGGAUGGCAAGGUCCAGGCGAAGUUGUGA